GUAAACUGCCAAGUGCCCGGAUGUACCCCGGUACACAACAGAGGCAAGAUGUCGGAGCGCAGAGCGCCCAGUGGAGGUGCCUUGCACACAGGACACGGUGCCACAAAGACCCAGCAUCAGCACCGUGGUGUUUAAUGCCAGUUUUGAGGAUUUCUGCCGCGAAUGGGUGCAUAAAAAGACACUCGUACGGGACUUGAUCCGAAGAAGCCGAUUAAGGACCGUGUGGAGAGAGAGCGAGAGAGGGGGGCUGACACUCAAACGGGAGCCGGGCGGACUUCUCCUCGCCGCGGGAUGUUAUCCGUACUGUCCUACGGCAGACUGGUCGCCAGGGCCGUGCUCGGGGGACUCUCGCAGACGGACGGUCGGGACUACAGCCUGGUCACCGCCAGUUAUGGCUUCGGCAAAGACUUCCGCAAGGGGAUACUGAAGAAGGGCAUGUGCUACGGGGACGACGCCUGCUUCAUUGCCCGCAACAAGAGUGCGGAUGUCCUGGGCGUAGCAGAUGGUGUUGGGGGCUGGCGGGACUACGGCGUCGACCCGUCGCAGUUCUCCGCCACGCUGAUGAGAACGUGCGAGCGGCUGGUGAAGGAGGGCCGCUUCACUCCCAGCAAUCCUGUGGGCAUCCUCACUUCGGGCUACUACGAGCUCCUACAGAACAAAGUACCCCUUCUAGGGAGCAGCACCGCCUGCAUCGUGGUCCUGGACAGGCGUAGUCACCAGCUCCACACGUGCAACCUCGGCGACUCCGGCUUCCUGGUGGUGCGGGCCGGGGAGGUGGUGCACCGCUCGGACGAGCAGCAGCACUACUUCAACACGCCCUUCCAGCUGUCCAUCGCCCCGCCGGGGUCCGAGGGGGUGGUGCUCAGUGACAGUCCAGAAGCAGCUGACAGCUCCUCCUUUGACGUGCAGCUCGGCGACAUCAUCCUGACAGCCACCGACGGCCUCUUUGACAACAUGCCAGACUAUAUGAUCCUUCAGGAGCUCAAAAAGCUUAAGGCCACAAACUACGACAGCAUCCUGCAGACGGCGCAGAGUAUAGCAAAGCAAGCUCACAACCUGGCCUACGAUCCCAACUACAUGUCCCCCUUCGCACAGUUUGCAUGUGACAACGGCCUGAAUGUAAGAGGAGGAAAGCCAGACGAUAUCACCGUGCUGCUGUCCAUAGUGGCUGAAUAUGCUGACUAGGGUGUGUGUGUGUGUGGAGCGAACUCAUCCGUCCGUCUGUGUCCCUCCAAAAUAAGUGUCUGUCUUGACGUCCGGCCAUGUACAUUUUUUUCUUCCUCUGUUGCGUUAUGGCGGUUGCACGUCUCAAAGGGAAAGCGUUGAUGAUAGUGACGCAGGAGGAAGCUGAGCAUCCAAUCGGUUUGUCGUUCGUGGCCUGGAGCUUCAAGUCUGUGUUAGAACAACAAAGUGACCUAGCAAGAGGAGUAAGCCAUGGUAGCUGAUGUCAGGGACAUUGAGGUGUCGGGGGGGGAUGUGAGCGUCGGAAGCGCUAACUUAGCUCCGAACUGAAGAGAAACACAAAGAUGCAAAGGUUUUCUCACUUGCGCUGCUGCACGAGGGAUUCAUGUAAAUAGUUUUUGUUCUUUCUUUUGUCCUCUUUGUGUUAAAGCAAAGACUCUUGCGGGAGAUGCGUCGAAGAACGGUUCAUCUCACGUUUCUCUUGCCGAGAUCAACAUUUACCGAGAAAAAAAACUGUGUGGUAGGAAAGAGUGGCCGUGGCUCAAUUUUGCACCCUUCCACACGCACACGCCCUGGAAACGCGGAGUGUGGGAAUACGCGAAAUUGAAACGGCCAGCGUGUGUGUUUGUGUGUGAUUAGUGUUGUUUUUGAUGUUCACAAAGCUAACGCUAGCAUCUGGUCAUGCUUGCGAUUGCGCCGAUAUAUAUGGGUCAAGUGUGAAUUUAAAGAGAUGUAUAUUUUUUUACAAGUUGUCACACGGUUGUACUGGUGAAGUGUGUGCUUAGAUGAAGUGCUGUAUUUCCUCUUAUAGUGGCUCUGCAGAAAGUACCAGAACAAUGUGGCUUUUAUUUUUAUUAGGGGACUUUUUGAUGUUUCCCUUCAGGGCAAUACUGUAUUUUAGGUCGCGUUUAAUUGUGUUAGCGAGAAAAAGGUGUGGAUUUGUCCCAAAAUAGGCCAUUUUUGUUAUUUGUCUUGUCAUUGUCUUGCUGCAUAUUCUGAAAAUGUAUUUAAAUCAUUUGAGCAUGUUUCGUGUACAAAAUGUAUCAAUUGUGUACCCUCUGUGGAGAGAGUUUGGACACCCCUGUUGUAAUUUACGGCACACCCAUCAAUUAUUUAAGGUUGAGCUAUUAGAAUAGAGGCCACUCUUUGAGGAAAUACAGUAGUACCAUUAUCUCGAGCAACAAUUAUAGGUGUGUAUUUUUUAAGUUUGUGUGUCCCGCUUAGGUUCUUUUGUUGUUUUUUUUCCAUUUUUGCUGCUUCUCUUGUGUAAUGUCUGUGUCUACAUGAUGUAUUUUACACCAACCAACAUGUUCACCGUGAUUGUAAACGUGUGCCGGCAUUUAGUCCAAAAUCGGUUCUAAUGUUCCGCUCACGGGCAGGCUGCUCUUAAAAGGCACUCUUUGUGACGUUAAAAUGUCUUUUUAUAGUUUCAAAGCGGGCGCACCAAAGACUCACUUCCUCAGUACGCCUUGUUGUCGUAAAUAACACCAUGAAGCAGCAGUACUGUACAUUUUCCUGUGCUGAGGAAGGUUUUGUUAGUUUUCUUUUUCCAUCUAAAUCCUAAAGCCAAAGAAGGAAAGCCAUAUAGAAUGCAUGUUAGGGCCCCUGCUGUAAUCAUAACAUUGUGUUGGUGGAGACAAAUAUUGUCACUGUUGUAUGUUGGGAAAUAUAGAGGAAGAAGUAGUUAUUUCUAUAUUUGUUGGUGCUGUUCUUCUUGCAUUGUCUCCGUCUCAUUUCUUGAAGAUAUACGCUGAAGGUGUGUGACUGAAGGGGAGCACGGUUUUCAGCCUUAAAACACAUUGCUCGACCCGUCCUAAGAGGCCUUCACUGUCAUUGCAAGCCUGUCUUUGUCCUUCGUCUUGUCCAGUUAUUAAUUAAUGAAGACCCCCGC